AUGGGACGUCCUGAAUGCUGCCUGUGGUGGGCCCUGCUCCUGUUCCUGAGCCUGGAGGCCUCUGCAGAACCGCAGUUCGUGGUGGUGCUCCCCGCGGUAGUGGAGUCUGGUACUGCAGUCCGCUUCUGCCUCAGUCUGCUGCAGGUGUCAGAGGAGCUGAGUGUCUCCGUGUCGCUGCAGAAGGGAACAGAGAACACACUUUUGUAUAAAGAGACACACAAUGAUGACACGAACAAGUGCAGCAACUUUCAGGCUCCUGUUGUGAAAAUAGAAAAGAUUGCGAUCUUUGAGGUCGAAGUUGAAGGAAAAAACUUCCACAAACAAGUGGAAACACGAAAGAUUCUGAUCAAGAACCACAGCCUGAAAACUUUUAUACAGACGGACAAACCACUGUACCUACCAGGACAGACAGUACAUUUCCGUGUGGUGACUCUGGACUCCAGCCUCAGGCCGGCUCUGGGACUGUAUCAGCUCAUCCAAGUGACGGAGCCGCAGCAGAACCGUGUAGCUCAGUGGUUGGACCAGACGUCUCAGGGGGGGAUCUUGCAGCUGUCCUACGAGCUGGAUCCUCAGGCAAAAGAGGGAUUCUACAGGAUCACUGUGACAAAGGGCUCAGAGCAGCUCUCACACACAUUCCAGGUGGAGAAGUAUGUUUUGCCAAAGUUCUCUGUGGACCUGGAGGCUCCUGCUGACGUCAGCGUGGCUCUAGAGCCUCUCUCCUUCAGAGUUUGUGCAAAGUACUUGUUCGGACAGUCGGUUCCUGGCUCCGUGACCCUUGACCUCUGCCGCUUUUUUGAACUCCCUCGAUAUGGACGCAGACGGAUCGACCAGCAAGAAACAUUCCCACUGUGUCACAAAGAGACCCAGCAGACCUCCAGUGAUGGCUGUGCGUCCUUCUCCGUCCAAACGGCUCAGUUCCAGAAUGAUUCCAGGAUGCACGACGAGUACGUCCUCAAAGCCGUGAUGACAGAGGAGGGCACAGGUCUGCAGCAGGCUGUGGAGAAAAGAGUGAAGCUCUCCUUUGAAGUGGGGAAAGUGAAGUUUGUGAACCCUCCAAAACGAUUCCACCCAGGAGACCAGCUGGACCUGCAGACCUGUUUGUCCGUGGAGGCAGGGCCCUAG